GUUUCGUCUUACAUCCUCAACGCGAGUCGACAAUGACCAGACUGGCCUUUCUCCUUUCACUGUUGCCAGCAGCGCUGGCCUUCUCCGACACCUUUCCUACUGUUGCAUGGUCGUCUCAUUCCUCAAAUGUCCUCAGCCGGCUUCCAAGUCGUACGCAUUCAACGGACCUAUUCCGGACUAUCUUGCUGGAUGAUGAUUUAUGUGUGCAUGAAGCGGUGAUUGUAGUUGACCAGCCAGGACUGCAUGCCUCCGACUUACGAAACCUGCCUUCAACCUCCCAUAUCGCACGAUCUCUAAAUUCUUCGACAUCAUCGCGCCAGUACCCAUAUAUUCGCCUCGACGACUACUCAUCAUCAGGAGAUCUCAUUUCAUUCGCUCAGUCCGUUUCUGCGAAAUGCAAUGCGCGUCUCAUCGGUCUAACGCCUGGGUAUGGCGACGUCGCAUUGGAUGCAGGAAAGAAGUCGGUUGUCAUAGUGAGUCUUCCAGAGCUCUCAGUUGAGGGUUACGCGAGGAAAAGCAGUAUGCUGCAACAUGGUACGUCCUCUCGUCUUCACAUGCAUGUAAGCGCCCUUACAACAUUAUGUCCAGAUGAACUCCUGGAAUUGACAUUAUCCGCUCUACCAUACUCUCAGCACCUGACUAUAUACAGCACUUCUGUCCUCCCCACGCACCACAAGCGACAAUCCCCUGACAGUCCACCUGUCUUGGACCUUCCACCUACAAACUUGCUGGCAUCUCCGAAAGGAGGAAUUCUUGCACGUUACCAGCUCCUCACCCCAGGCCUCAUUCUUGCUCUUCUCAUUGUCGUAGGAGUUCUUUUGCCCAUCAUCUAUUUUGGUAUCCAGGCCUUGGCAAGUAUCCAGAGUCCCGUUCGAAUGGAUACCCCAAAGGGAUUCAAUGCUGCUGAUAAGAAAAAUCAGUAAUCUCGGAAGGAGAGCAGAGUUGGACGAUAGUCACUAGAUAUCACGAAACUAUAUGUUUUGAUAAUGCGAAACACGAAUUCGAGGGGACAGAAAUAUAUUCUCUCAAAGGACAGCAAGAAAUAGGUUGGGUACGUGGUCGAGUUGUCGCCCUCCUUUCAUUCUCUUUUCAGAUCUUCAAGA